AUGGCCACUGCAGCGCAGGACCCCCACCUGGGCUCGGGCCCUGAUGAGGACGACGUGUCACUAUCGGGGAGUGAGUCUGAUACAGACAGCAUCCUCUCUGACGACUCUGUGCUUCCAGACUACACACUGGAGGCAACAGAUGGGCGUGCAGCAUUAACACUGUAUGGGGCAUGCGCCCGUAAUGAACCUGUCUCUCUGCGGAAAGUUCUGGAGAGAGGGGUGACAAAGGAGGAGGCCAGAGAGCUGGACAUCAAUGGCUGGAACGGUUUGAUGGUGGCCUGCUGCAAAGGGUUCAUCGACAUUGUACAUGGACUUCACAGCUGUCCCUUUAUAGACAUAAAUCACCAGGACACUGAAGGCAACACCGCUCUGAUGAUUGCAUCCCAAGCAGGUCACAUCAACACAGUCAUGUAUCUCCUAAACUAUUAUCCUGGUAUCGACACUGAAAUAAGGGAUUGUCGAGGUUUCACAGCCCUCAUCAAAGCUGCUAUGACCGGCCGCACUGAUGUUGUGGCCGCCCUUGUUAUGGCUGGGGCUGACAUAAAUGCAGUAGACUCCACAAAAGGAAAAUGCGCUCGGGACUGGGCACUGAAAACAGGCCGCUAUGAGACCCUACAGCGUCUCCGCCGCCUUAAUUUGCGGCCAAAAGCUGAGCAGUUCUGUGAGAGUUACGUCCCUGAGUGGCCUGAGCUCAAGGAGAGGGUAGCCAAGGCCAUGGCUGAGAAAAGUGCCACGGAAAAAAUCACCCAGCGGAUCAAAAACACAUUCGCUUUCAGAUUUCCCCGUGACCCCCAGGACAACGGGGCCUUGGACCACAUGGUGCGCAUUACCACCAGUGUCCACAGUCCCCUGAUUUCAACAGGUUGCCGUCCGCUCUGCCCAACAAGCCCACCUGAGGUGGGGAAAAGGCGCAUGGCUGUGCCAGAGCUGACGGAGAAACACACAUAUAAGGAAUUAGAGGAGAGCUCAGUGUGCCACAGCAAUGGCUCAGUUUCACAUAUCAUUCCCACAAUCCACUCAGCAGAGUCCAUCUCUACAACAUGCUGUGCCGAGACGGAGCGGCGAGGCAGCAUCCUCUCGUUGGCUUCGACCAAAGUUGCUACUGCAUUUAUUCCCCGCAGUAUGGCGAGAAGGAACAGCAUCUUCCCCUCUGGCUGCAUCCCAAAGAUCGACGUCAGCAGGCCUACAGAAGCAACGCCAAAGAAAGAAAAGAAGAAGAAGAAGAAGAAGGAUAAGCGCUUCCUGGAACCACCCAAGUGGAAGUACAAGGAGGCCAGGGAAGAGAAGAAGAGAGCUGAGAAAGAAAAGGCAGAGAAAGAGAAAAACAAGGAAAAAGACAGCAAGAAGGCCAAAAAAUAA